AUGGAACUUGGACUUGGAGGCCCAUCUGCGCUGCCCCACUUUCCCUGGCCUAGGCGGCAGCCUGCCCUGUGGCCCACCCUGGCCGCACUGGUCCUGUUGAGUAGUGUCACGGAGGCCUCUCUGGACCCUUCGCCCCACGGCCCCGCCACCCGCGAAGACCCUGCGCCCGUCCUGGCGCCCCCUACCGGCCCCCUCUCCGGGAUACGCACUGCGCGUUUGUGUAGCGGAAGAUCCCGGCGGCCACUGCCGCAGACUCCCCAGCCGUCACCAACGCCUCCCGGGCCCGCACCGCAGUCCUCUCCCGCUGCGUCCCGAGGGGGCCGCGCGGCGCGGGCGGAGGGCCGGGACAGCAGCGCGCGGGCCACGGGGGCGCGGGGCUGCCGCCUGCGCUCGCAGCUGGUGCCGGUGCGCGCGCUUGGCCUGGGCCACAGCUCCGACGAGCUGGUGCGUUUUCGCUUCUGCAGUGGCUCGUGCCGCCGCGCGCGCUCCCCGCACGACCUGAGCCUGGCCAGCCUGCUGGACGCCAAGGCCCUGAGGCUGCCCCCCGGCUCCCGGCCGGUCAGCCAGCCCUGUUGCCGGCCCACUCACUAUGAGGCAGUCUCCUUCAUGGACGUGAACAGCACCUGGAGAACCGUGGACCGCCUCUCCGCCACGGCCUGCGGCUGCCUCCCUUAA